AUGCUGUGGCCGCGAGUGUGGGAGGUGUUCAAGUCGCUCGGCCUUGAGGACGACCUUGUAAAAAGGUUGCACGAGGGUGGGUGGCCGCCCAAGGGUGGGACGGUAGCACUUGCGUCUGAGAAGAGCGAUAUGCGAGAGGGCGUGCCGUUCUUCAACCUCAUCCCGGAAGACGCCCACGACGUCCUCCUCAAACACAUCACACCGGCCACGCGAUUCCACCUCUCCAGCCGGCUCGUCUCCUACAAAGACGCCGGAAUGCACAUCGAGCUCUUGUUCAAGGAUGGGAGGACCGCGACUUGCGACCUCCUUGUCGGGGCCGAUGGUAUUAACUCUGGGGUGCGGAAGACUUUGUUAAGCGGAAGCAAGCCAGAGAGUGAGGUGAUUAAGAAGAUCAAUCUUGACCAUCCGGCAUUGAAGGGCGGGAUGGUGUAUUACGGCAGGGACAGGGCGAGCUACACGUACUGGGACGCUGCUCAAUGGACCAGCGGGGGGAGAGAGGUCGCGCAGUGUCUCGUGAAGAACAUGGAUCGGCCGUCGAAGUGGGCGAUCCAGGCUGUAACUCCACUAGACAAUUAUGUUGAAGGGAGAAUUGCGCUUCUUGGAGAUGCAGCUCUCGGGAUGCGUCCUCAUCUUGGGAACGGGGCCGGUCAAGCAUUCGAGGAUCUUCCUUUCGACGCCUCAAUUCUAAGCAACACGAUUGCGAAAUCUGUCCAGCCAGGAAAGGUUGACAUCCCAAAGAUCUUGGAGACAUACAAGGCCAUCCGACAGCCCUUCGGCAGCUUCGUGGCUCGCGAAACGAGGAACACGGGCCUCCUGUACGAGCUCACCGACGCUGUUGGAUUCGAAGGCAUCCGAGAGGGAGACACAGUGUCGUCAGAGAGGUUAGCCAAACUUGGGAAGGAGAUAAACGAGGAAUGGGCAUGGUCCUGCAUUAGAUGA